CCACACUUUGCGAUUCCUAGGUCAAUUUCGCGGCCCUCGAAGGACUCUCUUGGACGACUUUGAAGCUCGAGAAGCAUCUGUUUUACGGCGUCGCAAACCACCGAAAUCAGUCACAAUGGCCUCCCCCGCGAUCCCCAACAUUUCCUCGGACCUCAUCUGGGAGAUUGUCCGCAACAACAACUCCUUCCUCGUCAAGAGCAACCGCAACGGCGGCGUCCAGUUCUCCCGGGACCCCCUGAACUUGACCAACAAGAACUCUCGCAAGCAUGCGGGCUUCGUCAACGACAAGGCCAUCGGCGUUGUCCCCAACGAGAAGGGUGGCGUUACCGUGAUCAGCAAGAAGACCUCGGCCGCCACGAAGCCGGCCCAGGCUUUCACCAAGACCACCUACGGCGGCAACAAGUCCAACCGCACGAGCUACAAGGCUGUUGCCAACCAGGCCGCCAGGUCCGGGUACCGAGGCGACCUGCGCUCGGCCGCCGUCGAGCGCGUUUCCGCCAUCCGCCGCACCCAGCUGCCCGUCAAGGCCGACCCCGAGCCUAAGCUGCGCGGCAACAAGGCCAAGAAGGCCGCCGAGUCGUCCUAAGCGCAAACAGCAGUAGGAUAGGAAAGAGGGAUGGGCCGUGUGGUGUGUGAUGUCAAGGGGAGCCGGUGUCGUGGCAACACACAAUGAUGCAAACACAUGUCUAGGUGACGGAGGAUGAGAAGCAUCAAUCAACAGGUCUCUGGGUCAUGGCUGGAGUUGGCAUUUGAUCUCAAAAAGAAACGCAUAUUUCGGGAAAGCCGCGCGCUCAGUGAGGUGUAGGAAUGGAAAUGAUGUCUCGCAACCACACCGCACCGCCGGGGCCCCGUGAGUCAACGGCCACCGCGGUCAGGUGCAUUCGUCCCUGGCCGUAAUCGGUCGGAGGGUACCGGGUGUCAGGCAACGUGCUGCAGUACGGUACAGGAUGUGAGUGAAGACGCUUGAAGCAGAUGUUGGGCGGAUGAUCUCGGAACCCGGAGCGGCGCGCUAUGGGGGACCGUGGUGGAUCGGAGGUACGGCGUUGCGUGGCGGCGACAGCCGAUGCAGGACGACACUUGAGCAGUAGAUCUACAGACUCGCAUGCCGGUCGAGACGCUUGGCCUGCCCAUGGAAAGCAUCUUGCCGGGCUGGUCGCGCGACUGCAUCAUCCGUAUGUCCCAUCGUCAGGGGAGAAGAGUGCAUCGUCGAGUCUACGCCGCACCCGGAUAGGUAGGACCGCACCGGCGCCACGGAUCAAGGUAUGGAGGCACCUUGGUACUUAGUAUAGAUCGACUAGCAAGGCAAGUUAUUGUGCUUGCUCGGACAAUGCGCGCAUUCGCGACGACUCGACACACAGUUUUAGUCGGCAGUAGCCCCAGCCCCAGCCCCAGCCCGUGCUGACCCGGCGGGGGACGCGCUCGCCGUGGGAGCCUCGGGUGGAGGAGGGGCAGCUCGUCAUCGUCACAAGCCGGCGGCCGUCUCGGUAGUCGGUCGGGAGAGCACGGGCGGCGGCAGCGGCCCGGAGAGCUGAGGAACCAACCUUAGUACUAACCUACUCAUGGACCAGUACCUACAGUGUUCGUUUGUACUGUAGGAAAGGACCUCUGGAGAACUACUAAGGUAGGCAGGCUGGCCUGAACCAGGCCGUUCAGGGAGCUGCCCGGAUUCACGGCGCCAAAUUCGGACCUGGGGCAUGACGAUGACACUGCUGGGGGCUUUUUGUAGGGUGAUUAAUUUUGGGUUUCUAUAGUUCUGGCGGGCGAAGGACCAAAGCUGUGGCACAGGCAGCGUGGUGAUGCGCCCACUGCCAUUUCAUUCACGAGAAAUAGGGUCUGACACAGAGGGCGAUUCCGAAGCGCUUUAGUUUUGAGGAUGUCACGAGCCAUGCGGCGUGUCUCGCCUUUCUUUUGUGAAGCGCCAAAGGCCCGAUUCACGGAGUAGGCGGUAUACCGUUCAAGACACUGGGCGGCCUGUCGCUGCUGUUGCCCGCUGUGCCUUCAAUAUGCCUUGAGGAACGAUGGAAGGUUCCCAACGGAUUUCUAUUCGCCCCAGUCCUCGUCGCGCGCCCCAGCACCCUCCUCCCUUCUCUUUCUGUUCUCUGGGUCGGCCAGAUCUGACAAGAUAAAAUUGCCUUCCAGCUCGCCAAUCAAUAAAAUCGCCCUGUCUGACUGGUUCCUGCCAUUUCUCUCGCUCGCAUUGCUGUCAUGUAGGUCCUCUACAUUGUGAGCAGUCACGAGGCCGGAGCGACUGCCGGCUGGUACCUCGAAGCCAGCUCCAGGAGGCCAAGCCGAUGCCUUGUCUGAAGGUGAAGAAAUAAGACUGCUGAAGACUUUGUUCCUCAAGGCCCAGUAUGCAAAGGCAGAGCUGCUUGCAUUCCUCUGCAAGCCGUUGGAUAGUUAGUCCAUAGACCUCGAUUCAACCAGCGCGGAUCAAUUUCAUGCACUCGGGACGAUCACAUAUCAUGGAUCCGAUUGGGC